AUGGGAGCUUCUCUUUCAAUUAGUCGAAAGGAUCUACUCCACGAAUAUUCCAUGUGGAAUAACAAGGCUCGAGAGAGCGCAAAAAGUUUCCAUUGCAAGUGUUGUUAUCAUGUAAACAGCAACAGUGAUGUGCGCGUCGGAAAAGAAAACAAGGCCCCUCAAACGACUUGCGACGCUGUCGCGGCUUACAUACAUAAGUGUGCGAAUGUCGGCAAGAAGAAAAUGAAAUCUAAAAUCGAGCCAGCCACCGGGAAGACCAAGCCAAAGGAAAAUGAAAAUACGCUGAAAUUCCAAACAGCACCGGCGACCGUCAGCGUGGAACAGCAAAACGCUAAACUGCCAAUCAUGCCCAUCUCGACAGAUUCCAAGCAAGUUGUUAGUGCCGGGGAAGUUGCAGUCGCUGUGGCCCCGGUAAAACCCAAAGUACCAAUCGCCUCUUUCAUGGUAAGCAGCGAUGCUCUGAAAUGUGUUGGAAAUUUCGUCCGCUGUCACUGCAAAAAUUUAACGCGAUUUCGCGCAUCUGAGGUGGUUCUAUGGCUACGAGGAGUAGAUAGGGCGUUACUUUUGCAGGGAUGGCAGGAUCAAGCGUUCCUGACGCCCCCAAACCUCGUGUUUCUGUUCAUGUUGCUGAAGGAAAGUUUAUCAGACAAAAUACCAAACCCUGCUCAGCUACGAGCUGAAAUUUUAACAUGCCUCUACAUGGCAUACACCUACAACGGCCCGGAAAUAAGUUACCCUUUAAAGCCAUUUCUCAUAGAUGGAGAUAGACGAGCCUUUUGGGAUCGAUGUAUGUUUAUAACAAAUAACUUGAGCGAGAAAAUGCUUCAGAUGAACAGAGAGCCAAGAUAUUUUGGCGAACUGCUGGUUGAAUUGAAAAAUUAUGGGAAUGUAGUUGACCGAAGAGACGGAUGA